AUGAGCACGCAAGAUUUACAAACUGUUCAGCAACGCAUCCAAGAAACAGUUGAGAUCCUUAAUAAUUUUAAUAAAUCGGGCGAUAAAGAACGGGGGCGUUCUUCCUAUGUGGAGCAAUUAAUAAAAGAUAUGGCGAUUUAUUAUGGUUAUUCAGAGUUCCUUUUAGAAAAAUUAUUUGAUUUAUUUUCAGUUUCAGAGGCUGUAGAGUUUUUCGAAGCAAAUGAGAUUUCUAGGCCAGUCACUAUACGAACGAAUACAUUACGUACUCGUCGUCGAGAUUUAGCUCAAUCCCUAAUUAAUAAAGGUACUACUCUAGAACCUAUUGGAAAGUGGUCAAAAGUUGGAUUAACUGUAUAUGAUUCUUCAGUACCAAUUGGCGCUACACCUGAAUAUCUCGCUGGGCAUUAUAUGUUACAGUCUGCUUCCUCAUUUUUACCUGUUAUGGCUUUAGCUCCUCAAGAAAAUGAGAAGGUUCUCGAUAUGGCAGCUGCACCUGGUGGAAAAACCACGUAUAUGGCUGCACUAAUGAAAAACACUGGAUUGAUAUUUGCAAAUGAUGCCAAUAAAGAGAGAAUAAAAAGUCUUGUGUCAAAUAUACACCGGUUAGGUGUUAAGAACGCUGUAGUAUGUAAUUAUGAUGGUCGUGAGUUUCCUACUGUCAUGGGAGGGUUCGAUCGGGUUCUUUUGGAUGCCCCUUGUAGUGGUACUGGUGUUAUUUCUAAGGAUCCUUCUGUAAAAAUAAAUAAAACUUCUAAGGAUUUUAUGUUGCUAUCCCAUUUACAAAAAGAGCUUAUUUUGUCAGCGAUUGAUUCAGUUGAUGCAAAAUCAUCUACGGGUGGUUAUAUUGUUUACUCCACAUGUUCUAUAACUGUUGACGAAAACGAAGAAGUAGUAAAUUAUGCGCUUAAAAAACGACCUAACGUAAAAUUAGUACAAACUGAUCUAGAUUUUGGACAAGAAGGAUUUACAAAGUAUCGUGGAAAAAUAUUUCACCCUUCAUUAAAAUUAACGAGGAGAUACUAUCCUCAUGUACAUAACAUGGAUGGAUUCUUUGUGUCGAAGUUCAAAAAGUUCUCAAAUAAUUAUGCUCGUACGAAUAAAGAUGAUGUUAUCGAAAAUAACGAUAAUUUUGAAGAUAAUUCUAGUCAGAAUGAUGUACAUUUUAAUGAUGAAGAAGAUCAGAAAUACAUUCAAGCCACUGAAAACAUCUCUCCCUCUGUAAUAAAGAGAAUCACGAAGGAGUUGGAUGCCCUUAGAGCACACCCCCCAGAAGGAAUCCGAGUUGUUAUGAACGAACUCAAUAUCUGUGAUGUUCACGCCUGGAUAUCAGGGCCAGAGAGUACUCCAUAUGAAGGUGGAUUCUUCAAAGUAAAAGUGGUAUUCGGUACAGACUUCCCUACGGUGCCUCCAAAAUGUAACUUUAUUACUAAAAUAUUUCAUCCAAAUGUAUCAAAAAUUGGUGAAGUUUGUGUGGAUACAUUGAAGAGAGAUUGGAAUAAAGAUUAUGGCAUUGAACAUAUUUUACUGACUAUUAAAUGUUUGCUGAUUGUUCCGAAUCCCGAGUCCGCACUUAACGAUGAUGCGGGUAAACUGCUUCUGGAUAGCUAUGAAGAUUAUGCAAAGCGUGCCCAAAUGAUGACAGGUAUACACGCGCAAUAUAAGCCAACUGUAUUUUCCUCAAACAAUAGCAUUUCUAUUACUCCUACAUCUACAUCUACAUCUUCCACGCCCUCUGUGUCAACACCUUCAACAUCACAAAAAAUUAUUACUUCUCAAGUAAAGAGUCCUGUUAUUAUAAACACAAUCACUCCUGCUUCAGCAUACACUUCAAUGGUUACACCACUCGCAGUGUCAAAGUCCAAUAAUGAAUCAGAAUCCGCUAGUGGAUUAAAAAAAAAUUCAGCAUCUGCGCCUCCUGAAAAUUCGAGCCCCUCUGUUACACCAAAGAAGCGUGCUGGUGAUAAAAAACUAGAUAAGAAGCAAGUAGACAAAAAACGAAGUUUAAAGAGACUUUAA